CGGCAAACGAAUAUCUUGGCCCUCGCAACGAUGAAGAGCGCAGCGAAAUGCGAUACUGAAUGUGAAUUGCAGAAAUCCGUGAGCCAUCGAUACCUUGAACGCACGUGGCGCCCAAGGGUUCCGCCGAGGGCACGCCUGCCGUAGCAUCAUUGGAUUCCUCACGACCUCAGCACCUUCCGUUUCGGAGAGUGGUGGGGUCCGUGGUCGUGGUUUCCCUCGCUUCCCACUUGGAGAGGACGAUAGCCUAAAGUGGAAGGGAAUUGGAGAGCAUUCCGAGCGGGCCUGUGGGGGCCGCAGCCCAGAGUGGUGCGUUUCGCUCCGCCCUGUUGUUGCCCUCCAGCACCCGUUUGUGGGUGGUGGUCUUCGUUUCCCUGAAAACGGCACGUAAGGUCGUCCCUCCGGUUUGUGUGGUCGCCGCCUUCCGUUCGCUCCCAUCAGCUUGAGGUGGGCUUGCGGGAGGGGGUGUCGGCCUCGAGAUGUGGAGGUACGUCGGGCCUUGCCUUUUGAUCUCAGGUCGGGCGGGAGCACCCGCCCAAUUUAAGCAUAUAACUAAGCGGAGGAAGAGAAACCAACGAGGAUUCCCUUGGUAGCGGCGAGCGAACCGGGAAUAGCCCAGACUGAAAAUCCGGGGGCUGUGYUGCUCCCUGAAUUGUAGUCUUGAGAGGCAACCUCUGCAGCGGGCCUUGUGCAGGUUCCCCGGAAGGGGAUGCCGAAGAGCGUGACAACCCCGUCGAUCGCCGGACCCUGCUGCGCAACGAGGUGUUGUCCAAGAGUCGGGUUGCUUGGGAAUGYAGCCCCAAUUGGGUGCCAAUCUCUUUGGCGGGUGCGGCGGGCUGUGUUGGAUUUUGCGGUACCUUGCCAUUGGAGAUGGUCUACGGAGGGAAGUUCACCUGCUCGACCAUCGCUUCUUGCGGCUGCUCGUCACACCCGCUACCUGGUUGAUCCUGCCAGUAGUUAUAUGCUUGUCUCAAAGACUAAGCCAUGCACGUCUAAGUGUGAACACUUUGCACCACGACGACUGGCGGUCAACGACAAUCAAGGCCAUGAGGACACUUGUAUAGUGGUUCCACGACGACCGGCGGUCAACGACAAUCAAGGUCAUGAGGACACUUGUAUGCAAUAUGCCUUCGAGGUGCUGGUGGUGGAAAUGGUCAGUGAGCCCCGAGGGAGCGAUGGCUUGGGUCAGAGGUUUCCUCAAGGAGGAUUGAAUCAGCUCCAGCAGGGAGAAGAGGUAAGAGCCCCGGAAGAGGAAGUGAGGCUAGCACUGCAGCAGGGAAGGGACGGGCAACAGGACAGGGCUACCCGGGUGGAGAGCUCGCUGGGGUUGUAUGGAGAUGUGCGACCCCAGGGUAGGAUUAACUCCCACCAACUUAUGUCCUCACAGCGGCAAUCGGCUCAGCCUUCUGCAACAUGCCUUGUGGUUACCUCUAUGCCGGCAGUCCCCAUGGUAGGGGCAUCGCUGCUCCCAAUGACAUCUCGGCCAUCUGCUCCGAUUGGCCCCUCACGGCCCUCGCAUUUGUCAGUGAUACGUAGCACGAGCUCGAUCUCCAUCUCUCGAGUUAAUAUAGAAGCAUGUCGUUCGCUUACGUUUCAGGGGACGACGGGUGGGUGGUUGAUGGAUGAAGCCGGCCCCUCCUCUCGGGUGCCUGCGGGAGGAUGGUUUGUUGAGGAAUCGGCUACACAAGAAGAUAUGGUGGGGCCGCCAAUCCAGGAGAUCGAUCCUGUGGGCGAAAUUGCUAUUCCCCCUCGAGAGGGUAAAGUCGAUUGGCCUUCUAGGCAAGUAGCCACGGGGUCGGUAAGGGAUGGCACGUGUGAUAAGAAAAGGCUCCAGGAGGAAUUUGGUGAGGGAUCUUCAGCCAGGAAGCAUUCUCGGGCUCGGAGGACGGCUAGGCAAGGGAAAGCUAAGGGGAGGAUGGAUCCUAAAGGGAAAACAAGAGAAGGGAGAAUGCUUCGUCAGCCUGUGCAGAACAUGGGCCCCCCUCCUGAGGGGCGGGCUACUAGCCGGCCAGCGGGCCUCACGCGACUUGACCGGGUUAUUGAGGUAAGUGACGAGGAAGGCUCGAAUGCGGUGCCGGUUCAGUCGGCGUCGUGCCAGGAGAUUAGGGCACCACUGAGAACUUUGCACGGUGAGAAUUCUGCGUUGCCUGAUCUGCCUCAAGGGCGGGUGAGUCUAUCAUCCUCGGAUCCUGCACGGCGUGCGCAGGAGGAAGGCCGGGAGGAGGAACCGGAGCCCAAAACGGAAAGGAGGAACAUGGAUCCACGAGAGGGAGAGGUUUUUAGCGAUAGGUCGCACAUCCAACUAUUGGAUGGUGUUUUGGAGGAUAUGCUGUCAGAAGGGCGCUUAUAUUUGGUACCCUUAGUUUUCAUGGAGACUGAAUCGGUUUUGCAGGUACUUACGGUGUCGGCGUCGGCAGGGGUGCACAACGCAAGGUUUCCGAUGGUUGCUUUGUCCGCUACGCCUACACAGCAACAAGCUCUUUUGGUAGCUCAAGAAUGGGUGGGGGCUGCGGCCGAGGUAGCGAUGGUCCCAGGGCUCUCUGCCAUUCGGUUGUUGGCCCCUACCAACCAUGGGUUUCCGGUGGGACUGUAUUGCUUCUUUGUACGGGCAAAAUAUGAGGGGUCACAGGGGACCGCUUUGCCAGCCCCUAGCUUUGGUUGGGGGAAUCUUGCGUUGGUUCUGGAUUUUGCGGAGGCGGAAGAAUAUGUGGCUGUCACAGCUAUGUCAGCACCAUUACGGAUCCUUAAGGAUCUUGAUGAGCGUAUGCCGGCAGCUAAACGGUUCUCAAGUGGAAUGGUCCGGUGGUUCCGCAAAGAAAAUCGAGUAUGUCGGUUCGGGUGUCGUGAUCAGACUGAUCCCGGGGGAGUGGUCGGGGGUAAUGUUCGACUUUCUGAUAUGAAUGGGCUGAUUGGCAAGCUCGGGAUGCGGAAUUGUGGGGGCUCAGCUCAAAAGUCAAGUGCUCGGAUUUCGGGCUACGAAUGGCCUGGAGGGGGCCAGGUCAAGUCUAAUGCAUUUGCUGACGAUACUGCAGCGGUAUCACAGGUAACACAACAGAGCAUUUCGGCCUUGCGGAGUGAGGUAGCUAUGUUUGAGAAGUAUGCAGGUGCAAGGAUCAAUUGGGAGAAGUCGGUGGCAGUGGUCCCGGAGGGGACAGAUGGGGGAAUUUUUGAAGGGAUGACCACGCAGCUGGCUGAAGAUCAAUUCUUGUACCUCGGUAUUUUGGUUCCUGCGGCACUUUCUUCAGGACAGCAGCUAGAAGAAAUGUUGCACAAGGCAGUGGUGCGUAUGGUGGCCUGGGCAAAGAAGGCCUCGCAUGGGGUUUUUGGGAAAGUGCUCAUCGCUAAUAACGCGGUGUCUGCAAAGCUGUGGUACGCAGAUGUCUCUAGGAGAAGGAGAGGCGGAUGGUCUUUCUUUGGCAAGGCUUGGAAACCAUACUGUAAGGUGAUAACAGGAGGGGAGCAGGUUGGGCAAUGGUCUUGGGAGCUUACGUGGGACGACGAGGAUAAGGGGGGUUUUGGGGAUGGUAAAGGGAUUGGUAGGGAUAGAGGAAGGAGAAGUCGUAACAAGGUUUCCGUAGGUGAACCUGCGGAAGGAUCAUUGACACGGGAAUGGCUUAUCUUGGGGGUGUGGGACGCUGGCUUGCUCGCCCUUCUGCCGCCCUUUGCCCCCAUCCUCCCUGCAACGGCUUUUCUCUUCCGUUUCAGCACCAUCUUUGGGCUGCUGGCGGCUGGCCCGGCGCAUAAGGGCGCGUGGUGUAGGUCGAGGGUGGGGGGAGUGGGCAGGGUCCAGGGUUUUGUGGCGUUGCUCCCCCUUCAUCUCGUCUCGCCUCCACAGGUUGUUACCUCGGCCCAGCCCCACUCUCGACUUCUGGUCGGGAUGACGGUUGGUCCGGGCACGGACAGCCCUUCGGGAGGGUUAGAGGCGGGAUGUCGUGUGGUGGCGGCGGUCCUCGGCCUGCGUAUCCGUGCUCCUUCCCGUCUCAGCUUUGUCCAGACCUCCUUUCCAUCCCGGCCUCGACCUCGGCUUCGUGCGAAGCUUGUGGCUUGUUUGGGGAUCGAGGGUCGUGUCUUGAGAGGCAACCUCUGCAGCGGGCCGUGUGCAGGUUCCCUAGAAGGGGACGCCAAAGAGGGUGACAGCCCCGUCGACCUCCGGACCCUGCUGCGCAACGAGGUGUUGUCCACGAGUCGGGUUGCUUGGGAAUGCAGCCCCAAUUGGGUGGGGAGCCAAUUCAAGUCGACGAGGCAUUUCACGCAGACAAACUACUGCAAGGACGUCAGCGAUGAGGCUUUGUACGAGAUCGCGCGACGGAGUGAACAGAAGUUCGAGAGCGAUCAAAUGGAGAGGGUUGCCAGGUACGCGGCGGAGCGCGGAGUCGAUGUGCCUGGCACCGGUGGUGUGAGGGGAGGAGAGGCGGGGCGGGAGCCCGUGGAGGGAGCGUCAGUAGGGGUCGGGGGAGAUGGUGGAGGUGGAGACACGGAGGAGGGCGCGAUCGACGUCGAUCGCGAGGCGCGUGUCCCGGGCGAGCAGGGAGUCCCGGAACACGAGGACGUGCUUGAGGUUUAUCCAGGCACUGGGGAGAGGAUGGAGGACUUUUUGAGGCGAGCAGCCAAGGGACCUGUAGGGGAGGGUUCUUCCAAGAGGAAGGAAGGUGGAACAGAUCCGGCCGUUGCCCCAGCAGGGAAGAGGCAUCGCCAGCAGAAGGUCACUGACGUCUACGGUGGCGAGUGGGUUGCUCGCCACAAGAAGACAUUCCUUCGCUGGCUCUAUUUCAGCGGGGUCCCCUUCAAUGCCUUCCGCAACCAGGCUUGGAAGGCAUACCAGCAGGUCCUUCUUGAGCAGCAUGGCAAUUCCCCGCGCGCUGUGCUCCCCAGCCACAACGAGAUUGCGAGUAUGCAGGCGGUGGAGACCCACCGUGAGGAGCUGGCAGAGGAGUUGGAGGAGGUGAGGCAGCCAUUCUGGAUCACUGGUGCCACCCUCCUCUCCGACGGGAGGAAAUCACGAGACGGGAGACCGAUCAUGAAUUUCCUUACCGCCGGCUCGCGAGGGGUCGUCGUCUACACGACGAUCAAUCGCGAGGGCGAGCCGGACGAUGCAGUGCACGUCCUUCAGAGAUGGGUGACCAUCUUCCACGAGUUCAGUUUCGGCGGCCCGCAGCGGGUCAAUGCGAUAUGCACAGACUCCGCAUCGGCACGUGCUUCCAUUUUCCGUCCUUACCCCAGGGAGGAUGAUUAUGACGAGGAGCCGGUACCCGAGGCAGCGGACCACCCCGCGCUCCACAUUCGCCGUGAGAUCGACGAGACGCACCUGUACCCCGAGGUGGACACCAGGGUGCAUACUGCACGACGAGACGCUGACAGGGCAGAGAGGGAGAUGAUGGGGGGAGAGGAGGAGUUGUGGGCACCAUUCGGGGAGGUCGCUUCGACGGGCGGCACAGGAGCGCGGGCGACGAGCCCCGCUCCGACGAGGCAAGAGUCGUCCAUGCCGCCACCUUCUGCUCCGAGUCUUGCACCGCCAUCGCCCGUCGCGCCAUAUGAGCCGACCACGGCAGCAAAGGACACGGAGGAGUUGGCGUCCUCUUUGCCUCAGCGCGGACAACUCCACAGAGGCGGGGCAGUCCGACAGCUGAGGGUACGAUUACCUUCUCCGGGGGUCUUGCAGGAGGAGGGGGCACCGUCGGCAGCAGCAAUGGAGGGGGAGAUGGCAGUGGAGGGGGGAUUGGCGGACACGACGAUUGCAGGUGUGGUGGACCAGAUAGCUGUAGCAGCAGCGGCUUCAUUGCUAGAGGAGAUGGAAGCUUCAAUGUUGGCGGAGGAGACACCGGCGCCAGGGGGAGCAGAUGCAGUGGAGGGGCAGGCGGGAGCAGCAGGAGGAGCAGCGGGAGGAAAAGUUGAAGGAGCAGCUGCACUGGAUGGGCUUGUGGCUGCAGCAGCAGGAGCAGCGAGACGAGGAGGAGUGUCCCCCGAUAGCUUGGAGUACGCUCUGAUGGCAGCGACGCGUGUCGUACAUGCGCAGACUCCACGCAAGCGCGGAGUGCCUCCUCGUCCACACCCCGUGCCCGCAGAGGGAGGAGAUGCACUUGGAGAGACUUCAGGGGCAAAGGGGUUGGGGAUGCCUCGUGGAUCGCGCCGUGAGCAGACGGUUACCGAGGCUAGUGCGAGGGUUGUUUUGUUGAGGAAGGCAGGAGCCCCUGUCACCAUCGAGGAGGAUGAUCCUGAGACAGAUGUGGCAGUGCGGGAGGAGGACGAGGACUAUGAGGGCGAGGAGGAGGGAGAGGAGGAGAGCGAGAGAGGUUCCGAUGGUGACUACGACCACGACGAGCACGAGCCCCCACCUCCCCCACCGAAAGGUGCAGCCAGACAGCGCGCUCCGCAGACUUCUUCAUCAUCACGAGGGAGGAGGAGUUCGACAUCCGACACGCGAGGGGGUACGAGGAGACAAAGCGGGAAGGGGAAGAAGCAUCGUUGACUGAUGAGGCCAACACUCAUUUUUUCCCCUGCUCGCACUGAGAUCUUGGUGGUAGUAGCAAAUAUUCAAAUGAGAACUUUGAAGACCGAAGUUAAGAAGGGUUCCAUGUGAACAGCGCUUGGACAUGGGUCAGUCGGCCCUAAGAGAUGUGGAAACCUUGUAUCAAGGGCGCACUGCGCGCCGCACAUCGAAAGGGGGUCGGGUUAAUAUUCCCGAACCGGGUUUUGGAGGUGGACGGUAACGUAAGCAGCUCCGGAGAUGCCGGCGGGGGCCGUGGGGAGGGUUCUCUUUCCUUCUUGACGGCUCGCCCACCCUGGAAUCGG